UCCACGACGCUUUCAGUAUAGUAUUGCACAUUAAACGUUGCUCAUCGCAUUAUGAAGAAUUCUGAAAACGUUAAUCGGAUAUCAAAAUUAUUGUUUUCGUUCUUGCAAAUCGGAAGCAAAUCAACGAAUAGAUUGAAUUUAAUGUGCCUGAAUCGGAACGGAAUUGUUUAAAAGGGGAAAAUCGACAAAAGAAAUCGGAAAAAGAGAACCGUUUGUGAUUAACGAUAAAGGAAGAAAAUUCUUUUCGUUUGUUGUUUGUUUUUUUUUGUUUUGUUUUGUUGGAAAAUCGAAAUAGAUUCGAAUUUUUGUUUAUUGUUUUUUUAAUGUACUCCAACCAUUUGGUUAUACGAAACCAAAAUUUACAACACAUAAGUUACCUAUCCAAAAAAAAUAAUUGUGUAUUAACCCAGCAACAAAAUAAUAAAUUUGAAAUACAAAUUGCGAUUGUAGUGCCGAAUUUAUGUGCAUAUAAUGUGGAUUAUCUUUACGACUUGUAUACAUGGACUGUGUUUAUGUACAAGAAACAUACAUAAAAUUUUGUGGAUAUAAUUUGCCCGCACAUUUUCAGUUUGAAACGAAUUAAAGAAACCAAAUUUUUUUUUGGAAUAUACAUUGAAGACGAAGCAAGACAUCAAACCAGCCAGUCAGUCAUUUCACAUCGCGUACGAUUUUGAUAAAGUUGAAAAAGCUUUAAACAAAAAAUUUAAAUGCUUAAACGCAACGGUCAAACGUAGGAGGAAUAAUGUAAUCAGAUUUAUCGCCUAUUUUCAUAUACAUACGAAACGAAAGUACCGUUGUUGGUUGAAACAACUCUUCGCUAAAGUGGCUAAUAAACACUCCUACGAACUGCAAAAUUUUUAUUAUUCGUAUGCGGUUUAGAUUGGAAAGAUAAAGAACGAAAGAAAAAAAAAAUUAUAAAAAGAAAAAUAUAAAUCGAAAAACCAAAACCAUUACAGUCAAACGUGAUUAAAAUUUAUUAUAAAUAAAAAUAUCGAAAAUCAAAAAAUAAAAAUUCUGUUUUUUACAAUUACCCAGUGACAGUGUGUGGCUUAUUUUAUAUUUAUAUAUGAAAAAAGAAGAAAGAAAUAUAUUUGUAUAACAGUGUAGCUAGGGAUAUACAUACUACAAUUAUAUAUCUAUGUGAUUAUCUAUUCGAUAUAUAAAUUUUAUAUUUAUACAACCGAUUGUAGAGUAAAAAGCAUAUAAAAAAGAUAUAAUUAUUAUUCAUCGUGUUGUCAACAAAGUUCUAUUUAUCAUCGUGCAAAUAGGUGAAGAGAAACGAAAAAAAACCGCUUACAUAUUUGCACGUGUACUUUUCGGUUUCGGAAUAUUUAAUGUCAGCGGACAAACAUAAAAAAAAUUAAAAAAGGAACACGGUGUGAUAAAACUAAAACAUUAAUUACCUCAACCAAUUUAAUUAAUAAAAUUAAUUAAAAUAAAAUUUGUUAAUUCAUCUGUGAGAAUUGUGUAAACUUGUCAUUAAAAUUAUUGUUUUUUGUUCGUCAUUUUUUUUUUUACUUACAAUUAAAAACGAAAUUUUAAUUUUAAAACAAACAAAUUAUUAAAUUACAAACAAGAAAAAAGUUUUAAAAACUUAAACUGUGAUCUUAAAAAUAAAAUAUUAAAAAGCAAAAAAUUAUAAAAAUCGAUUAAAAAUGUACAACUUAAAUGUAAGUGGACCGCCAUUACUGGGUGUUGACGGUGUAUGCACAAAUCAAACACCACGAACUCCAGAAAUUUUAAACUCCCUCAUCGCAAUGACAAAUCCAUUAGAAUAUUCAUUUCCGUCAAAUCAACAAAAGAUAACACAAUAUGACAGCCAUUCCAGUUGUUCCGAGUCACCCCUAGACUCACCUGCAGGUUCGAACGUUCCACCGAGUGUACAACAGACUUGCUCGCAACUCAUAAAAGCUGGUCUCAAAUUAUCCCUUGAGAUGAAGCGAAAACUUAGCAGUGGUGAUUCCAGUGGUACAGAGUACAAAGUCGCCAAAAAGGAGUGCUUAGAUAGCAGUGACGAUGACGAUAUGGACUCUAAAUCGCCCAGAUGUGGGUUGACUCCCGAAGAUGAAGAUCGUCGUAGACGAAGACGAGAACGAAAUAAAAUUGCAGCCACAAAGUGCCGAAUGAAAAAGCGUGAACGAACAUUGAAUUUGGUCAGUGAAUCGGAAAUCUUGGAAACGCAAAAUAUCGAAUUGAAAUCGCAGGUACGGUCACUGGAAACGGAACGACGGAAAUUAACCGAAAUGUUGCAAGCCCAUGGUGCAACGUGUGUCCGACAAGAAGGUUUCCAACCGCCAUCACGUUGUACCAUUCCAAUAUCGAAAUACGUGCCCGAUUUGAUUCCAUGUGACCAACAGUCGAACAGAACCCAACAAAACAAAACGCUUCCACCUAUUCCACCAAUGAACACCAUCAAGUUUUGUCAUAGCCUUAAGCCAGCGCCAACACAAAACACUGACCAUUCACAACCAUUACCUGAUAUUGGAUACUGUAAAUCGGGCCUGUCGCCGAUAUAUUGUAAAUCAUCGCCAUCCGAUCGGUAUACCUUAAGUCCGGACAGUGGUUUCAUCAAAUCACCGUCGGACAUGGGCAUGUACAAUGGUAUGCAAAUGAAGAGUGACUACAUUCCGAAUGGAGAAAAUAAUGACGGUGAUGUCAGUGAAUUUGCGCUAAAAUGUGAGUUGAUUGAUGCCCAUAGUCCGUACACAACAGUUCAGAGUGCCGAUCGAUUCCUGUUUGAUGGCGGCAAUGAUAACUUUGAUAGUGAUAUUAGUGCCAGUAGAAAUAUGAAAAUUUUAAACAACAAUAAUAACAACAACAACCACCUCACGACAACGACUACCGUUAUUGAGUUCAAUAGUAGUUGCCAGAGUUUCGUCGAAAGCCAUUUGUUGAAAGCCGACUUUCUGAGUCAUAAUCCAGAACUUUUAAUGGAUGGUACCGAGACGCAAUUUACCGAUUUGGAUAGUGGUGUGACGACGUACAACAGCAUUGCGAACAAUGCAAAUAACAAUAGCAAUAACAGUGGUUGUAUGGCAUAAUUUAUCUCUUUCUACAUUUUGUGGCUAAUUAACCUUUUACAGACGGUCAUAUGCCAUCUGUUAUCGGUUGGAAUUGCGAUGACCUCCGGUCUUUAAGUAUAUGAGCUUCUUUUAUCAAUCUGUUGAAAAAAAAAGAUGAAAAGAAGUGACACACUCAUAAUGAUGAUGUGCUUGCUGUCUGUAAUAGGUUAGAGAAACGGGUAUCCGACAAAGAUGACAAUGAAGAAAGUGUGGAAAUGCAUAAGAAAACCUUCUAUCUCUCUCUCAGUUGUUUCUCUAUUGAUUCUAGUAAGUAUCUGACAAAUACAACUCCUAAUAGUUAGCGUUUGCUAUAGCAUUUGAAAGGUAUUCCAGAGUGAAUUCACACCCUACAAGUGUGUUUCAGAAUUUUGGGUGCAUGAACAAAUGAACUUCAACGCCCUCUGAUAUAAAAUCCCUUGUUUGAUUACCCCUUGUUUGAUUACCCCUUGUUUGAUUACCCCUUGUCAUUUUUCAUUUCGAAUUUUCAGCGGUCCUAUCUGCGACAUCCAUUAGAAUUAUUGAAUCCUUUGUCGAAAGUAACAACAAAACUAAGCGAUUCCAUCCUGUUAGUGUAGUCUUACAUAGCAAAACCGAUGUUCAAACUAACGAAGUAAAAGAUUUUUGAUACUUUUGGAUACCGUAACGGAAAGAAGUAGUAGAUUUAGUAGCGAUACGCUUUGCCGUUUCUAAAAGGUUAACAAACUCACAACUUAAACCAGUGAACAUUUUCCAAAAGGCGACCUUUCUGAAAUGGAAUACUCCCCAU